AUGAAAUCAGCUGGAUAUAUUGCAACUGGUGGAAAUCAGGGACUUCUUAAAAUUCUCAAAUUACCAGCAACUUCACCAAGUAACAAUACAUCACCAAUAGCGGUAUCGAGCAAUUUAUCGAUGAAUCAAAAUUUAGAUGGACAUUCGAAUAUUGUCCAUAUAGCAGAAUGGAAUGAGUGUUAUCAGAAGUUGACAACGUGUGAUAGUAACGGUUUGAUAAUCGUUUGGUUAACACAAAGUGAUAGUUGGUAUGAAGAAAUGAUUAAUAAACGGAAUAAAUCAAUUGUCGUUGGCAUGGCAUGGAGUCAUAACGGUACCAAAAUUGCUAUCGCUUAUGAGGAUGGACAAGCGAUUAUUGGUUCUGUUGAUGGAAGUCGUUUAUGGAAUAAAAAUAUUGCUAGUAAUUUGGUUACACUUUGUUGGUCAGGCGAUUCAACAUUGAUAAUGUUCGGUCUGAUAGAUGGUGAAAUACAUGCAUACGAUGCAGUAGGCACAUUUGUGCAUAAGCUACGUAUGGUUUGUAUUGAAAAUGUUGAAUUGGAAACCGCUUUAAACAACUUAUUUAUUAUUAAAUUUUCGAUAUCACGACGAGUUUAUAUUCCGGAUGAUCGGCCACAAUUUCUUGUUGCGUACAAUCAUGGUACUGUACAGUUGAUGAGACAUGAAAAUGAUUCAAAUCCGGUCAUUAUCAAACUACCAAAUAUGAUUCUCAGUAAAGCCCGUUGGUCACCAGAUGGCUCAAUGCUUGCAAUUUGUGGUUUACAAACAAAUUCAGAAGAUGAAAAAUGUAUGGUACAUUUCGCUACUGCUUACGGCGAGCCUUUAAGAAAUUUACCGAUACCGGGACAAACAAUUGCGGAUAUAUCUUGGGAAAGUGAGGGUUUACGACUUUGUGCGGCAGUUGAUAGCCAUUUAUUCUUCGCUAACAUUCGACCGAAUUACAAAUGGGCCUAUUGUGGUCAAACAGUGAUUUAUUCGUAUGAAAGGAUGGAAAACAAAGAACAUUGUGUGGUGUUUUUUCAAACAAAACUUGAAGAAGUUUACAUACAAUACGUAAAACCAAUCGUUGCAUUAGCUGCUUCCAACGAACAUUGCAUUCUGAUAUCACGAAUAGAGAAUCAAUUUGGCCAGUAUCUUAUGCAAAUUUGCAAUGGUAUCGGAACAACAAUCGAUUCCAAAUAUACUAAUUUAGAGCCAAAGCAUGUAGUAAUGAAUGAUUCUGAAGUUGUCAUCGCAGAUAAUUUAUCGUUCACUAUUUGGCAGUAUAAUAUUCCAUGUGCUGUAAAUCGUGAAAUCAAUUUAAGUGCUGAUAAUUCAAUUCAAAACGAUCAAAAAUUGUACUAUAUUGAUGAAACUGAUGAAGUUGAUGCAACUUCACUUAAUCUCAUGCGAAGACGAGCUCAAGUAUUAAAACAGCAGCAAAAAGAUGAAAUAUGUGCAAUAGGAAUCUCGAAACAAUUCAUUCUAGUUUGUCGAAAUUCUGGAGUGGCUCAUUAUUAUUCAUUGCCAGAAGUAACAUUGCAGUCAGUUCUUAAUUUGGGUUGUUGUGUAGAAAAAUUGGAAUUGAAUUGUAAUGGAACACGAUUGGCUGCACUUACUGCCAAAGGAUUGAAAUUAUUUGAAUUACGUGAUAAUUCCGUAGUAUCAUUAUACCUUGAGAGAAGCGAUGUUUGGAAUAUUAAAUGGGAUUCGGAAAAAGAUGAUACGAUAGCAGUGAUGGAAAAAAUGAGGCUCUGUGUUGUACGAAAUAAAGAAACUGAAGAACCAAUUGUCAACAACGGUUAUAUUUGUUCAUUCAAAAAUCUCAUCGUUCGUACCGUACUCCUCGAUGAAAUAAUGAAAAAUCCUGAAACACCGCAUAUAUCAUUCAUUAUUGAUGUCGAAAUUAAAUUGCUUCGAAAUGUGAAAAAUCUCUUAGAGAAGAUGAAAAUUCAAGAAGCAACAGAGUUUAUCGAAAAAAACAAUCAUCCUAAACUAUGGGCAUUACUAGCUGAGGUAGCAUUAAACCGUCUCGAUACAGCUCUUGCAGAACAUGCAUUCGUCAUGUUGAAAGAUUAUGCCGGAAUACAACUUAUCAAACGGAUCAAUGCUUUAAAGAAGACAGUAGUUGUUGAAAAAGUUUUAAUAUUAUGUAAAUGUUCUCAGCAUGAUGGCUUCAAAAAAGCUGAAGUAGCAACAUUUUAUGGAUAUAUCGAUGAGGCGGAAAAAAUUUACAUGGAAAAUGAUCGACGUGAUUUAGCAAUUGAACUUAGGGAAAAAAUGAAUGAUUGGUUUCGAAUUGUGGAAAUUUUACAAAAAAGUAGACAACCGGGUGACGAUGAAUUAUUAAAGAAGGCAUGGAAUCAUGUUGGUGAUUAUUAUGCUGAACGACAGAAAUGGUAUGAUAAUGAUCAUGAUAAAAUUUUCUUGGGUUUAAUUAGAUUUAACAGAUUGUAUUACACUGUUCAUGACAUUUACUAA